AUGUCGACUACGAAUAAUCAACCAGAACGACUUGAUAAUUUACAACGACUCGAACUUGAAUCAACGAUUGGUUUCGAAGGAAAAGUUCUACGUGGCCUUAAACUUCAUCCUGAUCGUAUUCAUAUGAUAUAUCCAUUAGGUUGUAAUUUAGUUAUUGAAAAUUUACAAACUCGACAGCAAGAAUUUCUUCUUGGACAUAAUAAUAAUGUAUCUUGUUUGACUAUUUCAAAUAAUGGAAAAUAUAUAGCCUCAGGUCAAGUCACAUUUAUGGGUUUUAAGGCUGAUAUAAUUGUUUGGGAUUAUACUAGUCGUGAACCAUAUGCACGACUUGUUUUACACAAGGUCAAAAUUGAAGAUCUUGUUUUUACUUGUUCUGACAGAUUUUUAAUAUCGUUAGGUGGACAAGAUGAUGGUGCUAUUAUAGUUUGGAAUAUAGAAACAAAAGAACCAGUAUGUGGUAGUGCAGCUCAACAUAAAAGUGCUGGUAUUACAUAUUGUUUGGCUGUAUCAAAAGAAGAUGAAUUUCAAUUUUAUAGUGGUGGAAAUGGUACACUUCGUUUUUGGCAAUUAGAUGUAGCAAAUCGAAAAAUUCGUCCGACAGAUAUUAAUACUGGUAUUGUAAAACGAAUAGUUAAAUGUAUGACUGUUUCACUUGAUGGUGUCUUUCUCUAUUGUGGUACAACAACAGGAGAUAUACUUAUGAUUUAUAUUCCAGCUACUCAAUUUAAAUCUAUUGGACCUGAAAAGAAAAAAUAUUCUAUGGGUAUUACUUCAAUGCAAGCAUUAAUUAAUGGUGAUGUUUUAAUUGGUACAGGUGAAGGAAAAGUUCAUAUUACUGAAAAAGAAACAUUUAAAUCAUUAAAAUCUUUACAAGCUCUGGGUAAUAUUACUUCGUUAGCAUUAAGAGGCGAAGGUCAUAUGAUUUUUAUUGGUACUGAUCGAUCACAUAUUUAUAAAGUAAAUUAUGCAGAUUGGAAAAUGGAAUUAAUUAAUACAUGUCAUAAUUCACCAAUAAAUGAUAUUGCUUUUCCUUUUGGAACAUCAGAAUUAUUUGGUACAUGUAGUUAUCAAGAUAUUCGUAUUUGGCAUGCAUCAACUGGUAAUGAAUUAUUACGAAUUUCACAAGCCAAUAAAACAUGUAAUUCUAUAUGUUUUACUCGUGAUGGAAAAAUGAUUAUAAGUGGAUGGGAUGAUGGUCGUAUUCGUGCAUAUUAUCCUGAAUCAGGUCGUGAGAUGUUUACAAUAAAUGAUGCACAUAAUCGUGGUGUAACAGCUGUUACUGUAACAAAUGAUUGUCGACGAAUAAUUAGUGGUGGUGGUGAAGGAAUGAUACGUAUAUGGCAAAUAAAUGCGAAUUCACGUGAACUUUUAGCAACAAUGAAAGAACAUAAAAAUGCUGUUGUUGCUAUUCGUAUUAAUAAAUCAGAUACAGAAUGUGUUACUGCUUCACUUGAUGGUACUUGUAUUAUUUGGAAUUUGAAACGUUUUGCACGUAAUCAAGUUUUAUUUGAAAAUACACUUUUUCAAUGUGUGGCUUAUCAUCCAGAAGAAUAUCAUAUACUAACAGGUGGUAGUGAUAGAAAAGUUGCAUAUUGGGAAGCAACAAGUGGUACACAAAUACGUGAAUUAGAAGCAUCAAAAAGUGGAACAAUAAAUGGACUUGAUGUUGAUAGUGUUGGUAAUUAUUUUGUUACUGUUAGUGGUGAUAAAUUAGUAAAAUUAUGGCGUUAUAAUGAAGGUGACGUAUAUAGUAUUGGUAUUGGUCAUGGUAGUGAAAUACGAAAAGUUAAAAUAUGUCCAAAUACACAACAUAUUAUUACAGUGGGUGCUGAUGGAAGUAUCUUUCGAUGGAAAUUUCCUAAAUCAGCUGUUUAG